AUGUACCUUGGGAUCUGGUGCUCUGGGAUCUGUUACCCUGUGAUCUGCUGCCCGAGGAUCUGGUGCUCUGGGAUCUGGCGAGUGGAUUACGGAGAGUUGCGUCUGAGCGGUGGGCGAUUACCCAGUGAGGGUCGGGUGGAGAUUUAUUACAAUGGGGAAUGGGGUACAGUCUGUGAUGAUAACUGGGAUAUCGCUGAUGCUCACGUGGUGUGUCGCAGUCUGGGAUACAUCAAUGCAACCGAAGCUACCAUCGGAGGCAUCUUCGGAUCAGGGUCCGGCUCCAUCCUCCUGGACGAUGUCCACUGCUCUGGGUAUGAAUCAUCUCUCACACAGUGUCAGAGCGAAGGCUGGAGAAUUCACAACUGUCAGCACUCAGAGGACGCAGGAGUUCGCUGUGACCCACGGAUGAUUGUGAACCUCUCCGGGUUCCGGUUGGACCGGAGUGCCGAAUUCUCGCAGUCCUUGCUGGGGUUGUACAGGAGCCGUGCAGGAUGUGACAUGAACAUCUCGGUGAGGGUGGCCGAGGGGGCCCCGGAGCUGCUGAGGAGCUGUGUCCAUCGGUUAAUCUUCCACUUACAGACCGAUGGGAACCUGAUCAGCAAAACUCCCAACACCACCUUCCAGAUGGUGGUCUCCCCGGACUGCCUCACAUUUGUUCCUGAUUUCAUCAGGUAUUUUUACACCCGGAAGCUGUACAUUAAACUGUCGUCCGUUAAGUGCCUCCACAGCAUGGCGUCCAGUUAUGGUGUGACCGCGAUUCGUGAUUACUGUGACAAACUGUUCUAUAAACUGCUGCCCCAGGACCCUUCCUUCAGACACCAGCUGGAGCUGUACAAGUAUGCUGGGCUGGUCAACGAUGGCUACCUGCAGGACAUCUGCUUGCAAUACUUCGCUUGGCACUGUGAAGCCUUCAGUAGGUCUGAGGUGUGGUACCGAAUGUCUGCAACUGAGCUGGACGCACUACUGCAGAGAUCUGACCUGGUCAUUCAGGAUGAGUUCACCCUGUUCCAAGCUGUCGAAGCCUGGAUAGUUUCGAAUGAACAGACGGCGUUAACUGACCAGUUAAUGUGCAAUGUUCGGUUCCAUAUGAUGACCCCAGAAACAUUGAUUUCCAUCCCCGUUAACUCAAGCCUCUACCAGCUCUCCCAAAAUACCUUCAUCCCCAAACUCCUGCAAGCAUUUGAAUUCCAUUCUGUUCCUGUGCAAAAGUUAAAAUUUUACAGAAAUCUCUCGGAUCCUCAGUACCAUCCCAGAACCUACACUUCAUCAGAGUGGAGCACCACUCUGCCCAUCACCUCCCCUCAGGGAGCCUGGCCGCAGUCUCUCUAUGUGAGUCAAGCUCCAUACCAUGGGAGGAGUGAGUGGUAUGAUCAUAGCUACAAUCCCAAUCACUCCUCCCCCAGCUCCAUCUUUCAGACCCCUGAGCACAGGAGUCAGCUGUACAGCUCCAGGAAGCUUUCCUGGUCAGCUUGGUAUCACAAGAGUGCUCUGAGAUGCCGGAACAGUAAUGUCAUCUGUCCCUAUGACACUUACCCAGUGGCUGCACUAACCACUGCCUCGUACAGGCUUCCGGCAUCCAUUACGUACCACAACCGCGUGCUCUUGCUCUGUGCUGAUCACCGCGUUGCUUUUGUUCAGGAUAUGAAGAACUCCACGGCGGUCCUCCCCUCACUCAAUACCACCGGCCUCUUCCUAUUCCCUUGUAACACAGGAGUGACUUCCAUUAGCUUUGUGGAAGGAGACAGAGGGCUUGGUGACGUGUGCAAAGAUAACGAUGUUGGCAAAACUAACAAACUGAUCGUUACCUUGAGAGAGAAACUCAGAGAACAGGCCCCCAGCUACACCAGCGGAGCGGAGGCUGGGAGGACGGAGAACAUCCAGUAUCUGAGAGCGAUGAUAACCGACAACCCGCCCGGGAUUUCCCACGUGGAUGUGAUGUUUAAGAAGGUACAACAACGCCUCUCCUCCCUCAGGCAGCUCAGGAUAUUCAGCCUGUCCAUAAGGACCCUCACCAACAUCUACAGAUACACCAUUGAGAGCAGACUGUCCGGGUGUAUAACAGCCUGA